AUGCAUUUGUCAAUUUUCGCGCUGGGCUUGCUCUCCUUGUUCGGGGGCUCCCAGGCAGCCGACAACGAUACCUGGCCGAUCAAGCAAACUACCUACACCGAUGCCGUACAAUGGGAUCACUACAGCUUUAUCAUCAAUGGACAGCGGAAGUUUCUCUUCGGCGGUGAGAUGCACCCCUUUCGAAUUCCCGUGCCACAACUAUGGGAAGACGUCAUCGAGAAGAUGAAGGCCAUGGGCAUGAAUUCAAUGUCGUUCUACUCACACUGGGGCUAUCAUGAGCCACUGGACGGGGAGUUGGACUUCUCCAGUGGUGCUCAUGAUCUCGGGCUUCUUUUGGAGUACUCCAAGAAACAUGGCAUCUUCGUCACGCCUCGGCCUGGUCCAUACAUCAACGGCGAGCUCAACGCAGGAGGUUUCCCGCUGUGGAUUACGACCGGUGCUUACGGAAAGCUUCGAUCGAACGGCACGAGCUAUACUGAUGCGUGGAACGGCUACAUGUCAUCUGUAGCCGAGUUGGUCGCCCCGUACCAGAUUCACAAGAACGGAACUGUCAUCAACUUUCAGAUCGAGAAUGAGUACCCCCAGCAGUGGACAAAUCAGAACGAGAAGAUUCCGAAUUACAAUUCUGUUGACUAUAUGGAAGAUCUCAAGGCGGUCGCAGUCAACAACGGCAUCGAGAUUCCUCUUACUCACAAUGACAUAUCUGGAUACAUUUCAUGGGCUUCGGACUACGAUACAGUUGGUGCGGGCGGAAACGUCGACGUGCAUGGUUACGAUUCCUAUGGCGGGAAAGUGGUCCCGAUUGCUGGAUAUCCGGAUGGCUGCGCAGACACAGUCGGUGCCGAUUUUCGCAACCUCUACUACCGCCACAACAUUGACCAGCGAAUGACGGCUUUCAUCCUGUACAUGACCUACGGAGGCACAAGUUGGGGCUGGCUUGGCGUCCCUUUCCUCGGCACCAGCUAUGACUAUUCUGCACCCAUCGCUGAGGAUCGGUCUCUCAGGGAUAGCUUCUACGAGAUCAAAAACCUGGCGCUUUUCACAAGGGUUGCCCAGGACCUGGCGAAGACAGACCGCAUCGGUAGCGGCAGCAAAUACACAACGAACCCAUCUGUCUCUGCGACUGAGCUUCACAAUCCAGACACAGAUGCAAGAUUCUACGUUGUUCGACACACGGACUCGAAAAGCGACGAGCCUGUCACCUUCCAGCUUCACGUCAACACUUCGGCUGGGCCCGUCACUGUACCACAGAUUGCGCCGGCGACGUCUCUGAAGGGCCAUGUUGCCAAGAUCCUGGUGACAGAUUUUCCAGUUGGUCGGGACAAGCUUCUUUACUCUACAGCUGAAGUAUUCACCUACGCCGUGGUGGACCAAAAGCCGACGCUGGUGCUUUGGGUUCACCCCGAUGAGUCAGGGGAGGUUUGCUUUACUUGUUCUCACCAGGGGAAGCUGCAGACUUGUGACGGUUGCAGAGACGUUCAGUUCAACGUUACCGAGCACGGCACCAUACUGAAGUUCACACAGGGCCCUGGACUUAGUGUCGCCUUCGUUGGAGACACAAGGGUUAUCAUGGUUGAUCGAUCCGGUGCCUAUGCGAUGUUCGCACCGACUCUGACUAACGAUCCUUUGACGCCGGUCAAUCAGACUGUCCUGGUACACGGUCCUUCUCUCGUCCGCGGAGCACAAAUCAGCUCAGAUGUGAUCGCGAUCACCGGAGACACGGUUGACGACGCUCAGCUUGAAGUGUUCGCCCCUUCCAACGUCAAGAAAGUUACUUGGAAUGGCAAACCAGUCGACACGAAACCAACACCACACGGCAGUCUCAUUGGGAGAAUUUCGGGACCACCGAAUAUAGAGCUACCGAGCCUGGGCCCCUGGAAAGUUCAAGAUUCUCUGCCCGAAGUCCUUGUCGACUAUUCCGAUGACGGGGUAGCCUGGGUCAAUGCCGAUCAUCAAACCACAAAGAACUCAAAGAACGAUGCUACCAUUCCGUACCUCUACGCUGAUGACUAUGGAUUCCAUACUGGUUCCUUCAUUUAUCGCGGCAGAUUUACUGGCCGUGCCGAUGGCGUAUCGCUUACUCUUUACGGUGGUCAAGCCUUCGGCUUUUCAGUGUACUUGAACGGCCGGUUCUUGGAGGCAUUCCCAGGAAGUCCAGGCACAAAGGUGGCCUCCGGAAUACUACUUCUAGACUUCCCAGCAGACACAUUGUUGCAGAACACAACCAAUGUGCUCACUGUCAUACAAGACAACUCAGGUCACGAUCAAGGAGCUGGUGGAGCCUUGUCAAUUCGAGGGAUUCUCAACGCAACGCUGAUUGGCUCCGAGGGCUUCGACUCUUGGAAGCUAACUGGAACUGCCGGUCGUUCAGAAGGCAAGAUUAUUGAUCUCGUCCGCGGAGCUUACAACGAGGGCGGGUGGACUGCUGAACGGCUUGGCUGGCAUCUUCCAGGCUUCGACGACUCGAAUUGGCCGACGGCGUCUCCAUCGGAAGGUUUUGAAAACGCCACGAUCCGUUUCUACCGCACGACUGUGCCAUUGAGCAUACCCGCUGAAGUUGAUCUUUCGGUCCAAUUUGAGCUGAGUACUCCUGGAGGCAACAGCACGACGCGAGCCCUGCUGUUCGUCAAUGGGUACCAGUACGGUCGCUUCUCACCGUACGUCAACUCGGCUACCAGAUUCCCGAUCCACCCCGGCAUCCUGAACUUCAACGGGGAUAAUGUGAUUGGGGUCCUGGUCUGGGCGCAAUCUUCGAACGGGACCAGCGUUGGAAUCGAUUGGAAUAUCACAGAGGCUCGGGCCAGCUCCUUGGACGUUCACUUCAACUCUAAAGACUUGCAGCCGACAUGGGGGCAGGAAAGGUUGCGGUAUGCUUAG